AUGAGAAUUCCUUAAGCUUACUUUGAAAGCAUGGUUAAAAGAUACAAGAAAUCUAGGCAUUAUGAUUAAACUGAUUACUCUUGGAUUGAAACCACGACCAAGCCUCUUGUAGAAAGAAUUUAAGAUUUUGCAUAAUGCAAACAAUUACAAGAUCCUAAGUAUACACGAAUCAUUUGUGAAACUAUUGACACAAUAUUUGAAGCAGCUGUUGCCUUGUUUUAAGAUCAAGACUAAACUCUCUGCUUACAAUUGCUCGGUGUAUGUGAUUCUAUUUAAAUUUGGGAUUUGUGUUUAUAGUGUUGUGAUUACAUAAUCAAGUCAACGAAUCAAAAAAUAAGUAUUUUAAUUUAUAAUAUUUCAAAGUUGACAUGUUUUUUAGUUAUGAACAUAUUUUAAUACUGAUAUUUCACAAUCCAGAUUAUGAAAUAUAUAAAAUAUACAAAUUGGUAUAAUGCAUGCAAUUUUUAAUUGAAUCAAUGAAUACUUCUAAAGCAUGUAAAUUUAAAAGUAAUUUUUUGAUUUAUUUUAUUUUAGUCGAGUAAUUCGAGAGAAUAUUUUUAAAGUUCAUGUAUAUUAAUGCAUUUUUAUAAAAGAAUAUAUACAAUUUGUCAAAUUAGGAAUAAUAGGAAUUGUUUCAUUUUUCAAGUGAUAAUAACAAUCUCAAAAUCACUAUUCCUAAUGAUGAUAUGAAUAAUUAUUAAAGAUAUUUGGAGAUGAGCAAUUUCAGAAAAAUAUUAAAAUCUCCACCAGUAACUUUAGACAUUCCUUUUGAUUACACUAAAAAUCCAUUAGAGUAAAGCUUAUAAAUAGCAUCGGAAAUUAAAAUAUAAAAAGAUAGUAUCCUCUUUGAUUAAAUUUUUAUUCGUUUACUUUGCUAAUAUUCUUAUGAUGAAUAAUUACUAUAAAAGAUGUUUAUUUCCAAUUAUGUAUUUCAUUAUAAAUGCACUUUCUCAGAUUUACAAUUUGUUAAUCAUAAAUAUAUGUCAGAUAUUACAAAUAGGUUGAUUGAUUAGAAAGACUUUUUAUUUUUAUUAAUAAGAAUGAUAGCUAGUAAUAAGGAUGAAUAACUAGAAGAUACUCUAGUUGGGAGUCUUUAAUUUAUAAAAUCAAAGUAGAUAUCAUUAUAUGAACAAAACAUAUUCUUGGAAAAAUUAUGGUUAUUUGAAUUAUAAGGUAUCUAAGACACCUUAGUUUGGUGGAAGAAUGAACUUCAAAUUAGUGAAGGAAAUUUAUAUGAUAAUAGAAUGAAUUUAAAUGUUAAACUAUAAUAGUUGUUCUUCUAGUAAUUGUCAGAUCCAUAAUUUACAUUGAUUUUCAAGAAAUAACCUAAUUAUACAUAAUGGAAUUUCAUAAUAAUACAAAUUAUAAGAAAAUCAUUUGGAUAAGAUGGAGAAACUAAGUUACCAUAUUAUAUUUUAAAUCCAAUUUUAAGUUAUUGUAUAAGUAUGAUAACAGAAUUACCAUGCAAUAACUAAAACUAAUAAUUGGAUUAUUAAUUAGAAAGUUAGAUAAUUCAAGGUUUAGUAGAAAUACUUAAGAACUGUAAUAAGAAAUAGCAGCUUUAAUUAUAAAUCAGAGCAUUUUAAUUGUUAAAUUAAUUAGUUACAUACUAUAAACAAGAAUUUGAUUAGGUUUAGAUACAGAAUGCUUAAUCUGAAUUUUUGAUGCCAGUUCCAGAAAGAUAUCACAAAUUGCUUGCAGAGAUUUGGUCAAAUAAGGUUUUGGAAGAUACUUUACACACAGCUGAAUCAAAUGAAACAUUAUACACUUAUUUGAUUACUUUAUUAGCAAUAACAAUGGGUGAGAAUCCUGCUAGAGUGAGAUAAUUCUAUGAAAACAAUAGUUUAUAAUAUUUAAUAAAUAGAAUUAUUGAAUUAUUAAAGAUUUGUUCAAGAGCAUCUCCAUUAAUAGUAACAAUAAUAAAUUUGUUAAUUGCUAUAAGUACUAAUGAAUAAGCAAUAUAAUUAACAUUAUAAACAAAUAAUAAUGGAGAGCAAUAACAAUAAGAUAAUUUGAUAAAGAGAAUAUUUAUCAAGUGUUAUUUACCUUCAGUGGAAUUAUUACAUGAUCCAACAGUAAGUGAUGAUUUUGCAAAGAAAAUUAUUAUGUUGUAUAGUUAGAGUAUGUUGGCAAAGAGGUAAAUAGAGAAGGUGAUAGAAAAUACAUUUAUGUAGAUAUCCUAAUUAGUAGAUUUAAGUAAAGAUAAGAUAGAGGAGAUUGUUAGUAAUUAAGAUAAAUUAUAAUCAUUUUAUAGUUAUUCAAAAAGUUUAUAAGCAUUAUUGUAAUUAUUUAUGUAAUUACAACCAGAGAAGAAAUCUUCGUAUCGAUCAUUUUAGGGAUUUGAAGAAUUAUAGUUAGAAGAAGCUUAGAGAUAAAAAGAUGUUUUAUUUAAUUCCCUUUUGAAAAAUUAAAAAUUUGUAGAAGCUUUGGAAAAGAUUAUAAUGAGUCCAAUUCUUAUAGGAAGUAAAAAUAAGGAUACUUAUGUUGAGCAUUACGUAGGAAUUUUGUGUAAGAAAAAUAAAUUGAAUCCAUAUACAUCAUUAUGGAAGGAAUUGGAUUUAAUUUCUCAAAAUUAUAUGGUUAUAGGAGAUUAGAAGAUUAUUGAUAUAGGUAAAUUAGUUGAUUAUGAUGCUCUAUCAAUUCAUAUGAGUGAUAAAUACUUUUUUAGGAAAAUCAUUAAGCAUAUAUCUCCUUAAACAUAUAGAGGUUUUUAUAUUUUAAGUCGUUUCCAUUUGAUUCAUUAUUUGAUCAAGAUGUGUGUGAAUUAGGGAGUGCCAUAAAGUUAAGAUACUCAUUUAAUGAUUUCUUAAUUAUUAGAAAUAUAUUUUCUAUCAUCAUAACAUGCAGGUUUUCAUGAAUCCAUUAUGAUGUCUAUGUCUGCUAAGUAAUAGAUGCAAAAGAGUUAAAUUAGUUAUGAUGAAGAAACAUAAAUAAGAAGAAGAAUUAGUAAAGAUAAUUUGAUUCCAUUGUAAUCAUCUUGUUUGGAUUUAAUAAACAAAUUACAAUCAUCAGCUGAAUAAAAAGAUUUUAUUAUUAAAAAAUAUGGUGAAAUUAUUUAACUCUUUUUCUCGAAUUUUUAAGAGAAAUGUUAAUAAAUUAAAUAAGCUAAAGGAAUAUAAAUUAUAUCACUUGUUACUUAUUUAUAAGAUAUGUUAAAAUCAUUUAAAUUUCUAUAAAAUUUAUUUUUAAAUUUAGAAUAAUAAUUUUAACCUUUAUAAUUCACAGUUAUUUGCUAUUAGAAUAGUAAUUUCUUUUUGUAAUUGAUUGAAAUUUUGUAGCAUUUAGAUAGUGUUUAAAGAUAAUAAUAAUAUAAUGGAACAAAGGAAUAAGAAAUAACUAAAAAGAUUUUACCAGGAUUUAUUGAAGCUAUACAUCAACAUAUUGAUAACAUUAUUAAGUUAUUGAUUUUUAAGAAGAUUAUCAUAGAUAAAAUAUAAUUAUCUGGUUAAUGGAUAUAAGAUACUUAAUAAUUAGAUUUAGUAUGCAAUGAAUUAUUUUUGGCUUAAGCAUCAAUAGUUAAUUAAAUGAUUGAUUAGCUUCUCUAUAAUAAUUGUGAGGGUAAUUUAAAAACUUUACUUGAAUAAUUAAUAUAAAGGUUUUAUUCUAUCAAGGAUAUUUAAGUUUAGGAAAUGAAAAAAUUAGCUGGAGUUGAACCAAAAGAAUAAUAAACUGGAAAUAAGGAUCUUAAUUAAAAAUUAUCUGGAAAUGAAGUAAGAUAAGAUUAGAAAUAAUCAUUGUUUUAGAGGCCUGAGAUUUAAGCUAUCAUUUAAGAUUUUUAAUUGAUGGGUUUUAAAUAAUAAUUGGUUAUAAAAGCAAUUUAGAGAGUAGAAAUUCCAGACCCUCAUAUGAUUGUUGAGAUGUUAAUAAAUGAUAGAAUUUCUGAUGAUGAAGAAGAAUAAGAAGAUGUUUUUGAUUAAGAAUUAAAAAAUGCUGAAUAAAAUUAAUUAAUUUAAAAUUAAUUGGCUUAAUAAUAAAGAUUAAAAAUAGAGGCAGAAUAAGAAAAAGAAUAAAAAUAAACUGAAAUCUAGGUUUUAGAUUAAGAAUCAUUCAUGAAGAUUUUACUUCAAAAUUUCCCUCAAGCCAACACUUCAUUAAAUAUAAAUGAAAGAUUUUAGGCAUUAAUUAAUGAAUUCUAAGUUAAGUUAGACCUUAAUCUUCAUAAACUUUUAGAUUAAUAUUUGAAUAACCAAAAAGCAGGAGGUAAUUUGUUAGAAUAUCUAUUUACAAUUGCUAAGAAAUCAUAACAUAUAAAUAGAAUAUUAGAAUAUAUUUUCAUGAUUUUAAAUCCCUUAAAAUAGGAUAAAUCUUCAUAGGAUCUUAAUAUAACAUUGAUAUAAUAUUAGAAGGCUUUAUAAUGGUUAAGUUUAUUAUAAUAGAUAGCUUCAUCAGAACAUGAAAAAAUUUACUAGAAUUUGGCUUUAAUUGACUAAGAACCAUAAUAAAAGCAUGUAUUAUCAUUUUAAUCCAUGAUUACAUUAGGUUUUGCAUUGAGCAAUGAUAUUUUUGAUUAAUUUACGAAACAUGGAAAGAAUGAACUUUAAUAAUUAAAAACAAUAAAUAUUUCAGAAUUAAAUUAUUAAGAAAUAUGUAAUAAAGUUUCAGAUAUAACAAAUAAUCUGAAUAAUUUGUAUGAAAAUAAAUAAAAUACUCUUAAAUUAUUUUGUAAAGAAAUAUUAGAGGCAUAAAAGUACCUUACAAAGUUUUUUUUAAAUUUAUAAAAUUAACAUGAUUAAUUAAUAGAGAGAUAUUGGAGUUAAAUACUUAUAUAUCUUGAAUUUCUAAUUUAAGUCUGUACAAUAAAUUUGGAAUUGUAGGAAUAAGCCUAGGAAACAUAUAAUUUUCUUAAUGAAUUGGAUACAUAAAUUAAUAAUAAUUAAUCAUUAAAAGAAGAAAGGGAUUAAUCAUAAAAUAUGAUUUAUUUGAGAUAAUUAAUUUAAAGAAGAUUUAUGUCAGAUAAAUAAUUAAUAACAUAAUUAUUGCAAUGUUUAAAUAAUUUUGGACUUCAUAAUCAAAAUAAGUUAUUCAAUAUGUUAACAAAAAAAUAAUCAAGUGAUAAAUAAUCACUGUUUGAAACUCUGUUAUAAUUAAAAAUGUAUACUAGUCAUUUAGAAUAUGAAGAGUCUUAACCAGUAUUCCUUGAGAAUUUAAUAUAUUUGAUAGCAGUUGAUAAUAAAACAGCUAAUGAUUUAGUGAUGUAAGUUUUGAAAUAGGUAAUGCUUAAUGAACAUAUAGAUUGGCAUGCAUAAUAAUUAAAAAAUGCAGAAGAUCUUAGUCAGAUAUAAUUUCCUCAAAAAUAUAUUGAAUGUCCAUUAUAAUAUCUAUUAUCAUAUCAUCCUGUAUUAAUAAAUAAUCCGAUUGUUUAUAAUAUGAUGAUAGAGUAAUAGGGAUUAUCAAUAACAGAUAAAUUUUCAGAACUAUAAAGAGUUCAUAAUACCAAAUAAUCAUAACCUCAAACAACAGGUAAAUUGACAAAAGAAUAGGAGAGAUUGUUGAAGGAGAAAGAAAAGGAAUAGUAGGCAUAACCUUAGACUGAGAUAGUUAUAAGAUUUGAAAUAGAUUAAUUAAUAGAACCCUAAUUGAAUGAACAUUUCAUUUAUUUAGUGAAUAUUAUUGCCUAAACAACAAUAGAUAGAUUUUUUGAAGAGAAUUAUAGAUUGAUAGAGUAAGUAUUUAAAGUGGAAUUGGGUUAAUAUAAAGAUGAUAAUAGAAUUUAUUUGUAUGGUUGGGAUUAAUUAUUAAGAAUAAUAGAAAUGCUUAUAAUUAAGAUUCCUUAAUUGAUAUUACAUUUAAGAUAAUUGUAAGUGGUUUUGCCACCUUAAUUAAUUAAGGAAGAAAAAAAGAUUACAUUCAUAGAAUUUGUAAUAAAAUAUUUGACUUGGGUUGGUGGUGAUAAAUUGGCUAAUUUUAUGCAUAAUUAUUUAAGUGAUAUUAAUUUAUUGUCUGUUGGAUAUGGAGUUACGAUAGGUUAAGAAGUUCUGUAGUUACUUUUGAAUGAAUUAUAAUUGAAUAUAGAUUAGGAUCAAAUGUUAUAGAAAUAUUAUCAUAUUUUAUAAUUAUUGAUAUUGUUUACAUAAACAUUAACAAUGUAGAAUUGUUGUAUGUUAUUAACAGAUUAGAGAUCAUAAUUAAAUAUAAUUCCUUAAUUGAUUAAUACUUUAAAUUCAAUUAAGAAUUGUGAAAACUCACAAUUUGUUAGAACUUAUCAUCAAACUAUAGCUAAGGUUAUUGAACCAUUUUUAUAAUCAUAGAUAUAUUAUGAUCAUAUUAAAUAUGGAAGAUAUGGAGAUGUUUUUAGAUUAUAAUAAAGUAUUAAAGAUAAUCCAUUUUAAUAUCACUAUUUGCAUUGUCUAAAAAAUCAAUUAAUAUCUUAUUCUCUCUAUCCAAACUUUAAGAGUAUUCCAGGAUCAGCUUAACAUUUCAUUUCUCAUUAAUAAGUUUAAUAAACCUUAAAAGAUGAACAUUAAUAAGAAUUGAUAUGGCCAUUAUAUCAAUCAAGAAAAAAUUAUAAUAUUUAGAAAUAGAAUAAUUAGAAAUAAUAAGAAGAGGAUGUAAGUGAUUCAGAUUCAGAUUAAGAUAUAAUUUAAGUAGAUAUCAAUUAGAUCAAAUACAAAGUUAAUUAUUCUAAUAUAAACUCAUGGGGUUCUGAUUAUUAUUAUUAUGAUAAUAAUGAUUUUAUGUCAAAAUAUAACAUGAAUAGAGAUGAUGAUAGAUUAUAAAGAGAUAAUCAAUAAAAUAUCUUUCCAUAAAAAGAUCUCAAUAUUCUAUUCUGUAAGCUUGAUCCAUAGAUUAUUAAUUUUGAUCUACCUGUCUUAACAGUUACAAAAACAAAUAUUUAAUAUAAUUCAAAUGAUUAUAAAUAAUGGAUUACAUCCAUUGUAGGAUUGUAUUAUAGUUUAAAUGAAUAUUUUGAAAAUAAAAAGUAAUUGAUUUCAAAAUCUUAUGAAAAUUAACUCAAAAUAACUGUUGAAUUCAUUCAUUAAAUUAAUAGAUUAUUAUUAUCCUCUAAUUAUUAUAGAAACAAAUAAAAUGAUUCAUUACAAUAAUAUCUAUAAUAUUAUUUGAAUGGAACAUUAAAUCAUUUAUAAGUUUAGGCAAGUGCUUCUUGUUUCUAUUCUAAAUUUGGUUAACCUCCAAAUUAAUUAUAAUAAGAUUAUCAAGCAAAUUAAUUGUCUAUCAAUAUCAAUGAGUCAUAAUAAUAAUAAUAAAGAAUUUUAUGUCAGAUAUCAUGUAACAUUCUAUAAAGCAGAGUUGUUUUAAAUGGCAUGCCAAAUGAUUUACAAGAUUAAAAUUUACUUAAAGCAAAACUUUAGAGUUUAUUACACCCUGAAUAACAUCUUAUAAAUUAGCCUAUAAUUUUAUAAGUACCUAAAAGAUAAUUAAUGUCUGCUGAUCCUUAAUAAAUAUUAAUCUAUGAUAAUUUAGUACUUGAAAUAUUUAUAAAUCUCUUAUUAGAUCCAAACAAUUUUCCAUAGUUUCCUUUUAAUUUAUUUAGAUAGAUUACUAAAUGUUCUCGUCUUGGAUUCAAAUUAUUAAUUUAAUUGUUACUAUUAUUUUAAGAAUAGAAAAAUAAUUUAGAUCUUACUUUGAAAAUCUUAUAUUUGGUAAGCUAAAAAAUUCCAUCAACUAAUCUAAGAGAUUUAUUAUCUGAACAAUUAUAAAUCAGUCCUAUUUUAAAUAAAAGGGAAAAGGCCAAUCUUGCUAAAGUCUAAGAAAUUAAGGAAUAAUUUGUUAUUGAAGAAGAAGAAAAUGUAGAUGAAUAACCUUUAGAUGAAGAUCCUGAAAAUCCACUAGUCUUUCUAAUUAAUUAAAUUAAUAUAUAUUGUGAAAAAAACAUCUCAUUUAUGAAAUUAUUUCAUAAUCCUGAAUCUUACAUACCUUUAGAAAAAAGUAUAAUUAAUUUAAUAUUUUAGAUAUACUUUUGACUCCUUUAUUAGCUAAUCAAACUGGAUUGCAUUUAUCUUAUUUAAUUUAAAUUAUUCGUGGUUCAUUAAUGGUUGCUAUUGAAGAUCCAAAAGACAAAAAUAAAAAGUAUGAUGAUGAUUAUUUAUCAAAAAUAUAAAGAAGAUAAGCUACAAUCUUUACUAGUUUUAGCCAAGAUGAAACUAAUAAUAAAUUAUUUGAUAUAGUAUCCUAACUCGAUAAAAGUGAAGAAGAUAUCCAUUUAAAAGACUUAAUAAUCAAAACAUUUACUGAUAGAUAUUCUGAUAAUUAAUCUGAUAAUUGGGAAUCAUUAUAGUAUUUUCAUAAACAGCCUUUUUCUUUAAGAUAAAAUGAACUCUUCUAAUAAUAAUAAUAAUAGUAAUAAUAGUCAUAAUAAUAAUAAUAAAGAUUUCCUAUGUAAAAUACAUCUUACUUUUCAAUGCCAUUACCUCCAUAAUAUGUAAACGGAUUAUCUUAAGCUUCUUAAUAAUAAGCUCCUCCAAUUCCUUCAAUUUCAAUACUUUAGUAAUAACAAUAAUUAAUGUAAUAAUAAUAAUAAUAACGCCUCUAACUAUUGGCUGCUACUUAAGCUUAGAAUCCAUAAUUCAAAUAAUUUUAUGAGAAAUAUGUUAAAGUAAAUGAUUAUUUAUAUGAGCAAACUUAGAAUUAAAGUUAAUAAAUUAAAAACUUUUAUGAAAAUAUUUUACAAUAAAAAUAAAAGUAAGAUUCACAACAAUAAUAACAAUAGAAAGAACAGAAUAAAAAUUCACAAUAAAUUAAUUAAACAUAGCCUAUUCAGGAAUAGUUGUUAUAAUAAUAAUAAGGUGAAAUUGUAAAUGAUGAUAUAAAUGAAUCAGAUUCAAAGUUAUAAAAAAAAGAGAGAAAAGUUAGUGUUAAAAUCUCACAUGUUGAAAUUGAUAUAAUAACAGCACUGUGUAAAAUUCUGAGUAAUCCUUUACUUAGAGAUUGCAAUUCUACAGAAAUUAUUAAUGUGCUUAAUACAUAUGCAAAUGAUAAAUUAAAAAUAGAACAUUCUAUUAAUGAAUUGACAAAAUAUAUAAUUCAGCAAUCUAAAAUAUUCAAUUAUGAAUUAGAUAGAAAAAGAAAAUAAUUAAGAGAAAUUAAUAGUCAAAGAGGAAAGGUACCAGAGUAAAAUCCAGAAAUAUAAUAAUAGUUAUCUCAACAAGAGAAUGAAAUAAUAAAAGAACUAAAUUAAAAAACACCUGAUCCUACUGUUAUUUAAAGAUGUUUUAUUGCAAUCACAGGAUUUUUAAAUCUUAAUUUAAGUAUUUAAGAGUAAUAAAAAUAAUCUACAAACAAACCUAGUUCUACAUAAACGAGAUAAUAAAUUUAAUAAGAUAAAAAAAAGUUUAAAAUGCAUUAAUAAGGAAAAUUAGUUGAUGAAACAUCAGAAGUUGAUGUUUUAACUAAAAAAGAUAUUCGAAAAUAAUUUAUAAAUGUUUUAUAAACAAGAUAAACACAUCAUUUAUGGUUGAAUGUUGUUGAAACAUUGUUAUUAAUUUUCAAUUGUAAAGGUCAUAGAUCUUUAGAAUUAUUAUAAAAAAAACUAUAUCCUCUUUUAGAAUGUUUUUUGAGACUUUAUUAAAAUGUAUAUGAAGAUACUAAUACUUCAGAUCCUUUAUAAUAAAGUACUUUGGAUCCAAACUUUUUUGAACGUAAUACUAGUGGAUCUGCUACUAACUCAUUAUAAUUUGGUUUAUUAUAAACAUAAAAUAUUCAUUUGAAAAGAUCAUUUUCUUCUGUUAGAAAUGAGAAUGAAAUGUAAAUGAAAAUAGAUGAAUUAUUUACAUAUCUUUGCAUUAAUGGUAAACGACUUAUCAACCAUUUAAUAUUUUAAAGGCUUUACUAAAUUACACUUGAUCAGAAAUAGAAUUAAAAUUCUAAUCUUAUUAAAUUAUUCAAAGAGACUGAUCCUUUAGCUUUUGUUUUCUUUAAAAUGAGUUAAAUAAUAUCUUUUGAAAAUAAAAAGCAUCUAUUUGAAUUAGAUUUAGAAGCUCUAAAAAUAAUUGAAAAACCUAAUACUCGAUCAAGAGGAAAAUAAAAUGAUACUAUUGAGAUAAAUGUAGCUAGAGAAACAAGACUUUAAUAAUCUUUAGAAAAAGUUAUUAAUAUUGAUAAAGCUAAGUUUAGGAAAUGUGAUAUUAAAAUUAGAUAUUAAGGAGAAAGAGGUUAAGAUGAAGGAGGUAUUAGAAAAGAAUGGAUGACUAAUCUUGUUAAGGAUAUCUAAUAGACAGAUAAAUUUGAAUUAACCACUAAAAGAUUCUAUAAAAUUAAUCCAAAUAAAAAAGCAUAAGAGGAUUUAAAUCAUUAUAAACUUUUAGGCAAAAUUAUUGCUAAAGGUAUUUAUGAUGGAUUACUACUACCUGUUUAUUUUAUUUCACCUAUUUUUAAACAAAUACUUUAAAAAAAGCCUAGUUUUGAUGAUCUUGAACAUUUUAACGAAGGAUAUUAUGAUACUUUCAUUAAAUUUUUAAAUGAUGAAACUUAAGUUUAAUAUAAGGACUUAUUUGAAUUUUGGAUUCCAGAAGAAUAUGCUAAUCUUAUAGAAUAAAAUAAAAAACUUAUAUUUGCUGAUCUUCUUUAAGAUUAUAUAGAAAAGAAUCCAAUUGAGCUAAAAUAAGAAUAAUUAUCUGAACAAUAAUAAUAAUAAUAGGAUUCUUAAUAACAGGCUUCACAAAUUAAGAAAGAAGAAUAAUAAAUAAAUGUAGAAUAGUAAAACUAACAAUAGGAAUUAGAUGAAUAAUAAAAAUAAGAUAAAUAAUAAGAUUCAUAAUAAAUUAAAGAGAAAUAAUAAUAAUAAGAGGAAUAAUAAUAAUAAGAUUAAAAAUAAUAAUAAGAGAAAUUAUAGUAAUAAGAUUAAUAAUAAUAAUAAAAAGAUUAAUAAUAAUAAUAAGAGAAGUAAUAAUAAUAAGAUUUAUAAUUGUAACCAGAUGACAAAAAAUAAGAAGAUUAAUAAAAAUUAUUAGAUGAAAAAUUAUUAGAUGAAAAAUAAUUAUAAGAUUUAUAAAAAUAAUAAUAAUAAUAAUAAUAAUAAUAAGAAUAAGAUUUAGAGUAAGAAAAAGAGUUGGAAAGAUUUUAUUCAACUAUAUAAUUUAGCGGAUUAAAACCAUUUGAAGAAGAAAUAAAAAAUUAACAACUAUUAAUAUAAUAAUAAUAAUAAUAAUUGUUAGAUUAAUAUAUAAUUCAAGAACAGGAGAAACUAUAAUUAAUGGCAUAAAGUUCCUAUUAAUAAAAAUGGGAUGAUAUUGAUUAACAUGAAUCAAAUUUAUUAGAAAUUAAUUGGGAAUAAUUUGAAUAAUAAUAAUUGUUAUUGCAUCUUUAAUAACAGUAAGAGUUAAGGUUGCUAUAAGUAUAGAAAUCUCAAAAAUAAAUGGAAGAAUAAUAAAAAGAACAAAAAUAAAAAUCUCAAGUUUUAUUAGAAUCUGAAGAUAUGAUUCCACUUUUAAAAGAGGAUUCAGAAGUAAGAUAGAGUAAUGAGAAAGAAGAAUUUAAAAUAAAGAAGUAAUCAGAAGACAUAACAGCUGAAGAUAUGGAAAAUAGAGAAAAGAAAAGACUAAUUAGAAAAAAUAAAAAAAAAUAACUUAAUGAUGAAGUUUUAAAACAUAUAUAAUUAUAAGAUGUGUUUGAAAAACAAAUUAAUUUAGUAUCAAUAAAACAUAAAAGAUAAAUAUGUGAAUUUAUAAGUAAAAGAAUUAUGUUGGAAGAAAUCAAAACUUAAAUAUAAGCAUUAAGAGAGGGUUUCUUUGAUAUUUUGCCUAAAGAGUUUUUCUCAUAUAUGGAUUGGAGAGAUCUUUAGAAAUUAAUUAUAGGAGUUCCUUCAGUUGAUGGUAAUAAUAUAUUAUUAUUAAUUUUAGUUGAUGAUUUGUAGGCAAAUACAGAAUAUAUAAAUUAUGAGAAAAAUAAUUAAACAGUUGUAUGGUUUUGGGAAGUAUUAACAACCUUAAGUGACUCUGAAAAAGCUGAUUUUUUGAUGUUCGCAACAGGGAGUCCCUUAGUUCCAUUUGGAGGAUUUAAAAAUCUAAGAGGCCCUAAUGGUCCAAGAAAAUUCUCUAUUUCAAAAGAUUUUAAUAAAGAACAUUUCAUUAAAGCUCAUGCAUGGUAUUAUUCUUAAGUUUAUUUAGUUUUAAUCGUAUUGAUUUACCAGAAUACUCUUCUAAGGAAAUAGUAAGAGAGAAAUUGUUAAAAUCUUUGAAAGAAUCAGGUUCAGGGUUUGAUUUAAGUUGA